AUGAAGAGAGCUCUUUUGGCUAAGAACAAGAUGAAACUGGUUGAUGGAUCAAUUUCUGUGCCUACAAAGGAUAAUCCAAUGUAUUCUGUGUGGGAACGAAGAAAUAAUCUAGUGAUGUCUUGGAUCCAAAAAUUAGUUUCUCCUCCUAUUAGCAAGAGCAUUGAAUGGAUUGAUGCUGCUCUGGAAGCAUGGAUUGAUCUUGAGUCAAGAUUUGCAUUAGGAGAUGCAUAUAGAGUCUCACUAUUUCUAUCCGAGCCUUUUCCUCUCUUUUGUUGUCGUCUCUUUUAUCCUCGUCUUUUUUCUGUAGUUGAAUACUUCACACAUCUCAAAGAAAUGUGGGAUGAACUUAUCAAUCUGAGGCCUAUUCCAGGUUGCAACUGUGAUCCUCAAUGUACGUAUGGAGGUUAUGAAAAGAUAAGGAAUUACAGGGACAAUGAUGCUGCUAUAAAGUUCCUAAAGGGACUUAAUGAGAAUUUUGCUACGUUGAAAUCAAAAAUCUUGAUUAUGGAUCCAUUGCCAAAUCUAAAUAGAAGUGCAAAUUCCAAUGUUCACAAUGCUGGUUUCACUCCUAAUGCUGGCAAUUUUCAGAAAAAGGGAAACUACAAGAAGUUUUCAAAUAAUAGUAUGAUGAAGUGCACUCAUUGUGGAUACUCAGGUCACACAGUAGACAUCUGCUAUAUAAAGCAUGGCUUUCCUCCAAACUACAAGUCAAAGGGAAGAUCUCAAAAUUCUUCACAUAUUAAUCAAGUGGAAUGUGCUAAAGCUGAAACUAAUCAUCAGCUUGAGAGAGCACUAUUCACAACUCAUGUCAAUACAAUCUCAACUACUGUCAAUUCCAUAGGCAAUGAAUCAGGUAUAAUAUCUCUAUCCUUCUUUGAGAAAUCAUAUUCACAAAAGGAAAAAUGGAUCAUAGAUAGUGGUGCAAAAAACCAUAUUAUUUGCUCUUUGAGUUAUUUCAAACAUUACAAAGUUGUUUCAAAUUGUUUUGUGCAUUUACCAAACAAUCAAACUACUCAAGUUCCUCAUGUUGGUACUAUGCAUCUUUCAAACACAUUCAUUCUUCAAAAAGAUAUCCAAACAAUAAUGAGGACGAUUGGAUCAGCUAGAAAGCUUCAUGGAUUAUACAUCCUUGACAAACCUCAUUUUCCUAUAAUCAAGCUUGCAGCUGCUACAACCGCACAACAACUUUUUCCUGCACUUAUUGAACCUUCUCAACUCUGGCACUAUAGAUUAGGUCAUCUUUCAGAUUCUAGAAUGGAUGUAUUUAAUUCAAUAGAUUCAAGAAUUACAAAACCAAAACUUCAUCAUUGUGAAGUCUGUCAUUUUGCUAAGCAAAAGAAAAUUCCAUUUCACAUUAGUACUUUAACUGUAAAAUCCAAUUUUGAUCUAAUACACAUGGGUAUUUGA